AUGCCUACAACCCCCGAAUCUUAUUCCCGUGCGCGCAGUUCGGCGGACUCUGUUAUCUCUUACGAAACCUCUGCAUCCUCGGUGGACCGUUAUUCAUUACCACCGUUGCAGCAAAAGGGUCUUCUAGACGAUGUCGAUCGACUCUCGCCCUUGCUGGAGGAUGACCCCCAUUCCUUCGAUCUUGUCGCCCCAAAUGAGGCUGAGACUGGCACAGCAUUCUCGUUGGAACUGCGAUCUGAACAAAUGUUGUCAACGGCACAUUUGCAGGCCAUAUUCCACGACACUCCCUCCUUUCUUCGAUUUACGUCGUUUCUGAGCAUGGCACGGCCGAAGUCAGUCCCCGUGCUAAUAUACUACCUUGACGCGCUGAAAGCAAUACGGGCGAUCAACUAUGCCAACGCGGUGGCGGAAGCACUGGAACCAAUAGAAGGGCAUGAGUUCACGGAAAACCCAGCCAGACCCACCGUCAACGCAAUCCUGGAGGAUAAGGCAAACCAGGCAUUCGACAAGCUCGUCCGUGAAGACUUGCCGGCUUUUAUUACCCACAUCUUCAUCCAAGUCGUGAGCGUCAGCAUCCAGAAACGGGUCACAGGGAACCUUCCUCCCUUGCUGAGGGAGGCUAGUGAAGGCUUGGCUGAGGUCUUUUGCCUCACUGACCCCUCGAGAUCUGACAACCCAAUCAUUUUCGCAUCCGAAGCAGAGUUCCAUCGCACGACCCAGUACGGCGUGAGCUAUGCAAUCGGGCGCAAUUGCCGGUUCCUCCAAGGCCCUCGAACUGACCCAAACAGUGUACGCAGGUUACGGGAGGCGGUAGUAGAUGGCAAGGAGGUCAGCGAGGUAUUCCUCAAUUAUCGUCGAGAUGGAUCACCGUUCAUGAAUUUACUGAUGACGGCACCAUUACUAGAUUCGCGCGGAAAGUUGCGCUACUUCAUCGGCGCUCAAGUCGAUAUAAGCGGUCUAGUAAAAGAAUGCACGGGCCUUGACGCCUUUCGAAGCAUGUUAGAUAAGCAAGACGGGAAAGAGCCUCUAGAGGAAGCCAAGGAUGAGUUCCAGGAGCUGAGCGAAAUGUUCAAUAUGGCGGAGCUAGACACAGUUCGCAAAUUUGGAGGAAGCAUGCACAGAGAGUAUCUUGAAGAACAAGGGGAUGCAAACAUGUCUCAUCGACCUCGAAUUCUGCUAAAAGACCCGACAAGCAGCGAUGUUGAGAAGUCUGUUCAGAUCGACACCAAGGCCGAGGGAAGAUUGUCUGGAGUUUACAAAAACUACAUCCUCAUUCGACCUUAUCCUUCGCUACGCAUUCUUUUCACCUCUCCUUCGCUUCGAGUCCCUGGCAUCUUGCAGUCAAAGUUUCUCGACCGCAUAGGUGGCUCAAGCCGCGUUAGAGAUUCCCUUGCUGAUGCUCUUGCAGACGGCACACGCGGCGUCACCGCAAAGAUCAGAUGGCUCCCCAAAGCCCUCACCAACCCCGACUCCGAUCGCUCUGAAGAAGGCCGGCCUCGCUGGAUCCACUGCACGCCUCUCCUCGGACAAUCCGGCUCCGUUGGGGUCUGGAUGGUUGUCCUUGUCGACGACGAAAAAGACUCCGGCCCGGUUCGACGCUUCCGCCAAGCACCCCCUAUCCCCAUGGAAAUCAGGCGCACCCGCAACUCCUCCCCGGGGGAUAUCCUCUCAGAAAGCGAGGAUGACUACGGCUUACAAUCAGGCAGACAAUCACUCAGAAACAGCUUCGCGCGCCACGCAGCUGUCGAAGCGAUCCGCCGGCCCGGGAGUGCGAUGAGCGAGCAGAGAGCGACGCAUUUUGCUCGGGCAGGCAGCCCCGCUUACGAUCCAAGUAUCAAUUCUUUUGCCUUGGCGUAAGAGGAAUCAAAGCAGGCAAGAACUAAUAGUGCGUAAGAAGUGAGGGCACGGGUCUUAGUUGAAGUGUGAGCG